CGGCGGCGGUUCGGAACGCCGAGUCGCGCCUCCGGCCGCGGCGCCCUCCCGAUAUGCCGGAGGAGGCGGGCUUCCCGCCCGCCAAGAGAUUCAGACCGGGCUCCGGGCCUUCGAGCCGCGGCGGGCCCCACCCUCCCGUGAGGCGAGUGGCGAUGCUGCUGACGGCGGGCGGCGGCGGCGGCGGAGGCCGGAGGCCGCCGCCUCCGUCUCUGGGGCAGCCCUCGGCGAGUCCCUACCGCGAGGCCCUGGAGCUGCAGCGCCGGAGUCUGCCCAUCUUCCAGGCGCGGGGGCAGCUCUUGGCCCAGCUGCGAAACCUGGACAACGCCGUCCUCAUCGGGGAAACUGGCUCUGGGAAGACAACUCAGAUUCCUCAGUACCUCUAUGAGGGGGGCAUCAGCCGCCAGGGCAUCAUUGCUGUGACCCAGCCCCGUCGAGUGGCUGCCAUCUCUCUUGCUACUAGAGUCUCAGAUGAGAAGAGGACUGAACUCGGGAAGCUGGUGGGCUAUACAGUACGCUUUGAGGAUGUCACCUCAGAAGACACCAGGAUCAAGUUCCUAACAGAUGGCAUGCUUCUGCGGGAAGCUAUUUCAGACUCCAUGCUUCGAAAGUACAGCUGUGUCAUCUUAGAUGAAGCCCAUGAACGGACUAUCCACACAGAUGUGCUCUUUGGAGUAGUGAAAGCUGCACAGAAGAGGCGGAAGGAGCUGGGGAAGCUGCCACUGAAAGUGGUUGUGAUGUCAGCCACAAUGGAUGUAGACCAGUUUUCUCAGUAUUUCAAUGGAGCCCCUGUCCUCUACCUGGAGGGUCGGCAGCAUCCAAUCCAGAUCUUUUACACUAAACAGCCUCAGCAUGAUUACCUGCACGCAGCUCUUGUCUCUGUCUUCCAGAUCCACCAGGAAGCCCCUUCUUCUCAGGACAUCCUAGUGUUCCUCACUGGUCAGGAGGAGAUUGAAGCAAUGAGCAAGACCUGCCGAGACAUUGCAAAGCACCUCCCGGAUGGCUGCCCCUCACUGCUGGUCCUUCCUCUCUAUGCCUCCCUACCCUACACACAGCAGCUCCGAGUCUUCCAAGGGGCCCCAAAGGGCUAUCGCAAAGUGAUCAUUUCAACCAACAUCGCAGAAACCUCCAUAACCAUUGCAGGAAUAAAAUAUGUAGUUGACACGGGCAUGGUUAAAGCAAAGAAGUAUAACCCUGACAGUGGUCUUGAGGUGUUAGCUGUGCAGCGGGUGUCCAAGUCCCAGGCCUGGCAGCGCACAGGGAGGGCUGGCAGAGAAGACAGUGGUGUCUGCUACCGGCUCUACACCGAGGAGGAGUUCGAGAAGUUUGAUAAGAUGACUGUGCCAGAGAUCCAAAGGUGCAACCUGGCCAGUGUGAUACUUCAGCUCCUAGCAAUGAAAAUCCCAAAUGUGCUCACCUUUGACUUCAUGUCCAAACCAUCUCCUGAUAAUAUUCAGGCGGCCAUUGCCCAACUGGACCUGUUAGGUGCUCUUGAACAUAAAGAUGACCAGCUUACCUUGACUCCAAUUGGAAGAAAGAUGGCAGCAUUUCCUUUAGAGCCCAAAUUUGCCAAAACCAUCCUCCUGUCCCCCAAAUUCCACUGUACAGAGGAAAUCCUGACCAUCGUUUCCCUGCUGUCUGUGGAUAGUGUUCUCUACAACCCUCCUGCCCGGCGGGAUGAAGUGCAAGCUAUCCGGAAGAAAUUCAUAUCCAGUGAGGGGGAUCACAUUACGUUGCUCAAUGUCUAUCGGACCUUCAAAAAUCUAGGUGGAAAUAAGGACUGGUGCAAAGAGAAUUUUGUCAACAGUAAAAAUAUGAUGCUGGUAGCUGAAGUCAGAGCACAGUUGAGGGAAAUCUGCUUAAAGAUGUCCAUGCCGAUGGUGUCAUCACGAGGAGACAUGGAGAGCAUCCGCCGCUGCCUGGCUCACAGCUUAUUCAUGAAUACUGCUGAGCUGCAGGCAGAUGGGACCUACGCCACCACCGACACCCACCAGCCAGUGGCCAUCCACCCCUCAUCUGUCCUCUUCCACUGCAAGCCAGCCUGCGUUGUAUAUACCGAGCUGCUCUACACCAACAAGUGCUACAUGCGAGACCUCUGUGUUGUCGAUGCGGAGUGGCUGUACGAGGCUGCCCCUGAGUACUUCCGGAGGAAGAUGAGAACUGCCAGAAACUGAGCCACACUCAGGUUCUGCUGGCAUGGCUGGUGCCUGGAACUUGGACCACAGCUGUCCUGAUCCCUGACUCUCAUGUCACCAGCUAGAGGAGUUGUGAGUUUCAGUGCAGCUGAAUGUGUUCGACUUCACCUUUGCUGAAACUCCCCUGACUGAACUAUGUAGAUGUGUACAUAAUAUUUAUACCAUGGGCACUUUUUGCUGUAGGUUUUUGCUAGGUGACUUUGGGUAACUUGGUUAAUUUCAGAAUCUCAGUUUCCUAUCUGCCAGGAAAGGGAUGGGAUUACUAAUAAUACUUGCUUAAGAGGUAAGGUCAUAAAGUUUAGAGAAAAUGAAUGUACAGUUACCCAGAGUUUUGUUUGGUAUAAGGUACACAUGCAAUUGUGGCCAGGCAUGGUAGCUCACCUGUAAUCUGCUCGGGCAGUAGAGACUGGGAGGUUCAUGGUUCAAGGCCAGCCCAGGCCUUGAGAUAACCCCAUCUCAAAAAAAUAAGGCUGGUAUCAUGGUAAAGGCCACGUGGUAUCGUGAUCUAAGCCACAUGGGAGGCAGUAGGAAGAUAGCAGUCUGAGGUUGGCCCUGAGCAAAACACUGGAGUCCCUAUCUAAAAAAGAACUAAAGCAAAAAAGGGCUAAGGUUGUAGCUCUCUAGUGGUAGAAUACCUGCCUAGAAAAGUGGGAGGCCCUGAGUUCCAACCUCAGUAUAUACUGGUGAAUUGAUUAUAUUUCUGUGAAAUAAUACAACAAAGUCCCCUGAGUUCUUGUGGCCAAGGGUACUUAGCUGCAUGUAGCCAUAGGAAGUCAGAGAGCUUGGAUAUAUCUUUGUGUUUUUACCCAGUGCUGGGGAUCUAAUCCAAGACCACACACAUACUAGGAAAACGCUCUGCCACUGAGCUCUGUCUCCAGUCCCUGACUGUAAUGUCUACCUGUACAAAAUUUUAAAAUAGAAAACACAAGAUGCUGACUUUUGUAGACAUUCCAGGAGGGAGAUGCUGGAGAUUACCUCCUGGGAUAACCAACAUCAUGUGACAGAGAGGAGCAGGCAUCUCAGCUGAGGUACUCUCCACAGUUUAUUGCUGCUGGGGAAAGAUGCUAUAAGUUUUUAGCUAAUUACCAAAAGCCAACAACCACUUAUGUGUUGGUGCAUACCUGUAAUCACAGAAUUGAGAGUGUGAGGGCAGUGGAUCUUGGAUUAAAGGCCAAACUGGGCUACCUAGUGCGACCUUGUCUCAAAGUUAAAAAAAAUAUAUAUAUUCUCAGAAUGUUGGGGCCUAGAAAAUGCCACAUUUAGCCCUUUUGUUUUCCUUGGUUGGUCCAAACAUGUCUGUGACAUAAAUUUGUCAUUUACAAAAUCUUUUAUAAUACAGGGGCCCAAACUAUCUACAAGGCACUGCAAACACAGUAGAUAAUCUCUUAAUUCUUUGCAGAGAUCACAGCCUUAGGCAUCUCCAUUCCAGGGUUUCAUUGCUCCACAGUUCUAUAGUAAGUCUGGUCCCAUCUAUUUAUAACUCCAGCCAUGGUAUGGAGUAGUCAAGCUUUUAAGUGUUUAGAGUUGCUUGGCACUUAUUUAUUUCCGUUAGAAAUGGUUAACAUUUAGAUCAGAUAGGAUUUGACACAUCCUGUAAAAUUCUUAUCCUUGAACUGUUUUAUUCUUAUUUUUUUUUUUCACAUACUGGCUUGUUCUUACCAUUAUUCACAUGCUGAAAAGUUCCCCAGAAAGGUAUUCUUAGUUUAUUUUUCUUACUCAUACUACAGGACUAGGAUAUUCAGCCUGUAUUAGUAAAAGAAAAUUCUGUGUUUUUAAUAGAAUAUCCUGCUGGUAAAAAUUGGAAGGGGGGGGCAGUUUAUUCCUCAUUAGUCAUUAGUUUAUGUUCCUUGGCAAAUUCUACAUGUUCUCUCUUCAGAAAACUUAAUUUAGAGCAAUGUAUGGCCAAUUUAAGUACUUGAACACUUCCUAGACUAGUAUCUUCUUUGAGGAGCAAACAAAGAAUACAACUUCUAAGUAGCUUUAAUUUUUCUGUAUGGAAAGAUGUUUAUCAUUAUAAUAUUGUGAUAGCGUUUUAAUAUAGUAGUUUUUUAUUGGGCUUUUAAAAAGUUGCUUUUAAGCAUAGCUGCUCAGGGAUUAAAUCAGAUGGAGAACCCAUUCUGACUACAUAUUACUACAAGGAAAUCAAUAGUUACAUUGAGCUUCAGGGAACGUACAAAUUAAACUUAAAGAGAGUUAAAUGUUUUAUAGUUGUAUUGCAGUAAAAUCUUGAGGUACCCUUUCAGUUGGUGAAAUCUCUGAUGAUGUCUGUCUUACCUCUAUCCUGUGAAAUUUCUAUCUGGAUAAGUCAGUAGCUCCCAUAUGCAGCUUCAUGUAAGUAGAUGCUUUCAGAGCAGCCCUGCAUGCCUCAGGUAUUUGCUGCCAGUAAUCAUGGCAUGUGAAACACCAAAGUCACCUUUCACUACUGGGGAUGGGACUGCAAACACCAGGUCCUUGGUGAAAACAAUGCUGCAUCACUGCUAGUUUUGAGCAGAUGCCAAAAUGGGAGCAGAACUGAUUAGUUACUGUAAAUCCACAUAAACCAGCCACCAAGAGCUGCUUGGAACUACAACCAUGAAUCUAAAAUGUUAUUUCUUAAGCACAUAUGGUACAAUGUAAUUGCACAAAUGGAAAUAGAGUUGUAGAAGAAACUGAAGGGAUGGGGAGAAACCUGAUUCAGGUCUGUAAUUGAAUCUGGUCUUAUUCAGACAUAACUUACAGAAAUAUCACUUCUUGUAUAUAAUGCUCAGAUUUGCACUUGACUAUGAAAUCCUUAAAAAAAUGAAUCUUGUCCAUGA